UCUCCAGCGAAGCAUCAGUUCUGGUCCUGAGCGUUUAAGUCGAUUGGUGUUUUGUGGUCUCAACCUUGUGACAUAGCGGCGAAUCCUAUCUUGCACCGAUGAGGAUCCGCAAAAGUCAGCUCUUUUUUCCUUUUUCCUCCCUCUCUCCGGCUCCCCUCUCAGAUCCCCACCUGAUCAACCCCUCUCCGGUGGUGCAACUCGACGACGAUAUCGUUCUCCCUCCUAAACCUUCCCCUCCGUCUACCUUAUCAGAUCAUCCUCGCCCGUCUGAUCAGCUACUCCUCCGAUCGGCAGGCCUACCGACCUCUCCGAUGAUCCCUCCGGCGUCGCAGCCGUGGCCACGGAUAGUGGAGCUCACCGUCAGCCCCAAAAACAAUAUGGUUUGGAGGAAGAUGGGAGAGGUCCAGGAGAGGAAGGAGAGAAGGGUAAUGAUACCAGCAGGAAAGGGAGCAUAUCGGGUUCGCAAACAGUCGCUGAUCACGUCCUCUCACCCUCAAGUCCUUCUAAUCAAGAUGAGAGAUGGUGCGAGGGAGAGAGAGCGAUUCCACUGAAGAAAAGAAGAGGGAGCUUCGAGAGGACAAAGGUGGAGGAGUACGACGAGGUGACACAGAAUAAUAACAAGAAGGAGAAAACUAGGAUGAAGACGAAGAUGAACAAGAAAUGCUCGAGGCAAAACGAAGAUGAUAACGAAGACGACGUGGGAGGAGA